AUGCAGUGGUUUGUGUUGCUUCUAUUUGUACAGUUCAUAAUGUGGGGAUCGUCUGAGGAAUCAUCAGGCGCGAUGGAAGGCGGCCCUCCUGAGGCUGUAGUACAUACGUUGGAGACAUGCGAGCAAAAUAAAAAUCAAUUAGAAUCUCUCAAGGAAAUUAUGAUGAGGAAUCAACAAAGUUUAAAGAAAAAGGAGGAGGAGGUUCAGGAGUAUGCACGAAGAUUGUCAAAGAUUAAGUCUAGAGCAAAAUUAUCACGUCGUAGUAAAGAAGGAGCUUCAUCAUCCAAAGAUACUACGCAUUCACAUAAGACUGAAUCUACAACAAUGGAUGUAACAGAUGAUACAAUUGAUGAUAUUAGUCAAGCAAAAACCCCAAAGGCAAAGUCUUCUUUACUUCAACGAAAAUUAGCAGAAAAUAGGAAAGUGUUCGAGCAACGUAGCAAACAAUUGACAGAAACGAAACGAGCAGUGGAAGAGAAAGUUGAAGCUAUCAGGCAACAAUUGGACGAAACAGAUUUAGUAGUAGCAGAGCAUAAGGAGCAAUUAGGUAUUACACCAGUUAGGCCUUUUGUCAUCACUUCGAAUGUGACGACUCCAGUUCAAAUACAAAGUAUUCAAGAAAAGGAAAAAAAAGUUAUGGAACUAAAUAAUAAAAUCAUCGAGCUAGAAGCUACUAUUCUGGAUCUUCGAGAAAAUUUAAAAGAGAAGGACUCUGUUAUUGAUUCCAAAACGAAAGCGAUUACUCUUAUGUCUGCAGAUCUUUCCAAGAAGGGUAAGACAACGUUGGACACUCUCGAAGAUACGAAAGACGAAAUGCGAACGAUGCAAGAAAAUUUUAUCUUGAUCGAAACGUCUCUGAAAAAUAAGAAUGUCAGUCUAUUGGAACAACUAGAGGAAAGAGAUAACAGGAUAUCGGAUUUGGAGCAUACAGUUAAUAGGUUUGAAGAGCAAUUCAAAGAACAAAAAAUAGCUGAAUUGGCAAGUGUGGAUUUCUCGCGUUCCACUAUGGAUACUUUAGCGGAAACAAAAGACGUGAUGAAAUCAAUGCAGGAAAAUUUUAUUCUUGUCGAAUCAUCAUUGAAAUUGAAGAAUGAUAAUCUUCUUCAACAAUUGGGGGAAUACGAAAUAAAAUUAGCGGAAGCCAAAGAAAAGAUAUUUCAAUUAGAAUCUGGUGCUGGUAUAGUGACAACUCCGGCAGUUGAGGAUUUACAAUUGAGGAUAGAGAAAUUGGAGCAAAAUAAUCGACAACUUCUGGAUGAGAAAUACGAAUUGCAGAAAAAUAUUGCUGAAUUGCAGAAUAAGAUUAUUAGUAAUAAAUUAGUUGAUGGUAAUGAUGCAAUCGUUGAGAAAGAUAACAGAAUAGCAGAACUCGAAAAUUUGAUAGAAGAACUGAAACAAUCAAACAAAUUGCUAGAAGAGGAAUCGAAGACUGAAUUGCAGAAGCAAGUAGCUGAAUUAUCGUCCAAAAACGAGGAAUAUUCCAAUAAAAUUACCGAUCUUGAAAAACAAGUGCAUGAACUUGAAGCGGAAAAGAAUGAUAUCUCAGUGAGAUUGUCAACUGAACAAGGGGUGCCUAAAGAAGAUAUGAUAACAAAAUUGACUAAGGAAUUGGAAGAUUCAAAUAAAAGUAUGAUCAAAUUAAAGGCUCAACAUAGAAGCAAAGUGAAAAAUUUACAGAAACAAUUGGAAAACUUCAAAAUGAUAUCCGAUACGAAUGCAGAACUCGUUAAAUUGGGCAAUCAAGUGGCAUUAUUGGAGGAGGAGAAAGGUAACCUUCAGCUGAGUCUGGUAGACUUUGACGAGCUUAAAGCCUCAGCAGGAGAUUGGCAAGAACGUGUUGCUGACCUGGAAAAUAAGGUUUCAUCUCAAACAAAAGAGAUACAGAUGCAUAUUGAUGCAAUCGCCAUCUUAGAGAACCAAAAGUUAGAUCUAACGCAAGAGCUUCACACGGUAAAACAGGAAGUUUUAGCUCUAGAAGCUGAGAAUGCAGAAUCAGAGAAUCUUAGAGUGACUGCAGAGAUGAAGAUCGUUGAACUAGAAGAACAACUGGAAACAGCACAUAAAAGACAGAGUGAGAAUAAACUUGAAAAUGAACAUCACGAACUCCUGAAAAAGUUUGACGCUUUGACGCAGGAAAAUUCAGAAUUAUACAACAAAUUAAACAAAAUGGAGGAGAAAGGUACCUCGGAUACUGGUUCGACAGAAUCUUUCGAAGCUAUUCAAAUGAACGAUAGAAAUGAUUUAUUGAAAAAAAUUGAGGAUUUGGAACAAAAGAACAAUGAAUUAAUGCUUAAGUUAUCCAAGUUAGAGGAGAAGGAUGGUUCACAUGCUGGUUCGACAGAAUCUUUUGAAACUAUAAAUGAUACAGACCGCAACGAGUUAAUAAAAAAGAUUGAGCAAUUAACGCAAGAGAAUAGCGAAUUGACCAUAAAGUUGAGUAGGAUUGAAGAGAAGGGAUCAUCCGACACAGGUUCCACGGAAUCUUUUGAGCGUAUUCCAGAACAUAAUGAUAGCCCGACUAAAAUCGAACUACUUACUCAGGAAAAUAAUGAACUUGUUAUCAAAUUAACAAAACUGGAAGAGCGAUUGCUUCAAAUAGAAAGCAACGCUGGAUUAGAUAUUUCUAAAAUUGAUCCUAAUUUAGAGACACCUAGAGAUGAUAGUAGUUUGCGAUUGCAGAUUAAGACGCUCACCCAAGAAAAUGAUAAUUUGUUGGGAGAGAUUUCUCAACUUAAACCACAGAUAGAUGAUCUCACAGAAGAAAAUAAUAGGCUACAAGAUCGUACAGAAAUGUUGACAGCGGAGAAUACUGAAUUAGUUAUAAAUCGUACGAAAUUAGAGGAACGUCUUCAAAUGGAGACAUCUCAUACUUCUCAAAUGUCAAUUCAAGUGAUAGAAUCUGCUGAUCAAAUUAAUGCCUUAAUAGAGAGGCAACAAGUUUUGGAAAAAGAGCUGACGCAAUUACGAAAAACUUCAAUUGAACACUCGGUUAAUGUAACAUCAUGCGAAACUGAUGAUGCAAAGUCCAAACUCGCGACAUUAGAGAAAGAAAAUGCUCAGAUGGCAAUGACGAUCGCACAUCUCGAAGAGCACAUCAAUAUUCAAAAUCUAAUUAAAGUUACCAGAGAAAAAGAAGAGCUAGAUUUAAAGCUGAAACAUACGGCUUGUGAUGAUUUCUCCAGAGAAAGGUUGGAGUUUAUUGAUAAAUUGGAGAAAUUGAAUCAAGAGAAAGAAAAUGUUGCCCAUGAAAGACAGGAAUUGCAAGAGCAAAUUAAUAUUCUUUUACAGAAAUCGUCCGACGAAAGUUCGGAGAUGCGAAAGGCGGAGGAAGUUGCUUGUCAGCAAACUGUAAUUGUAGCAUCCUUAGAAAAAGAAUUGGAGAAUAGUAAAAUAUUAAUUGUAGAGUAUAAAAAUCAGAUAGAGGAAAUGAACAUGAAAUUGGAAAGUAUGGAGGCAGAAUUGCAAAAGAAAGCCGAGCAAUUAUUGGAAUAUGAAGCAUCGGGUGCAAAAUUGGAAAGUGUAGAACGUGAAUUGAAGGAUAUGUUCGUUACAGCAGAAGAAUGGAAAUUCAAAUAUGAUGACAUGCAAGAAAAGAUGCAAGUACUGGAGCAAGGAAAAGCAUCGAUAGAAGAAGCUUUUAAGACAUUGGAGAAUGGUAACAAAGAAUUGCUAGAAGUGAUAAAACAAAAAGAUACGGCAACUGGUGCUCUACAAGAUCAUUUUCAAGGAAUCGUAAGCUCUCUCGAAAUGAGAUUACGAGAUGAAAUGGCGUAUGUAACGACGAAAGAACGUGAAGUUGCGGAUUUGAAGACUGAGACUGAAAAGAAAGAUCAAGAGCUGCAUAUUAAAUAUGCGCAAUUGCAAAAUGGAAUGAUUACUAUAGACAAUUUACAAGAUGAGUUGAAUAACUAUUCGAUCAAGCUUAAAGAAAACGAGACUUCUUUAUCGUCAUCAUUAGGAGAGGUUGCGAAACUUAAUGAUAUAAUAAAAGAGAAAGAAGAGGAAGUUUAUACUUUACAAGAUAAUAUUAGCAAAAUUACUGAAGUAUUAGAGCGAUCUAAGUCUACAGCAGAAUUUGAGGAAACAUUGGAGGAUUUGCGAAAUAAAGAAACAAGUUAUAUUGAAUUACAAAGUAAAUAUGAAGAAACAUUAAAGGAAAACAGUGAAUUAUCGCAAAAAAUUGAGGAUAUGUUAAAACGUGACGAGAACAUUGAAAAUGAAUUAAUUAAGAAAGAACAGGAAAUUGAUAAUUUGCUUAUAGCUAAGAAGGAUUUAGACACACAAAUUGAAGAAAUCAAGAGCAAUAAAAUUGAAGCUGAAAAACGAAUUUGGGAACUGCAAACAAUUUUGGACAAUCAAACUACAUACGCUGAGAAAGUGCAAUCUGAACUGACGAACGAGUACAAGCAAAUGGAACGGCUUAAAGCUAAACAUAUGGAGGACAUAGCGAUGCUUAAUCGAAGAUUGGAAGACGUUCUCGAGGAAUUAGUUGAAAAAACACAGGAAAACGAAGCUAUGAAAUCCGAAUUGAAAGAACUGCUUGGUAAAAACUUUACAGAAGAGACAAAAACUGUUUUAGAAAGCAAGGUCGUAGACUUGGAACAGAAACUUUCAGAAUCGGAGAAUAAGCUACAAGCGCAGUCUGAAAAGAUGAAGAAGAUUGUUGCGACGUUUAACAAAAAGAAAAUAGCAUGUCAAGAACUUGAAGCGCGUGUCGCUGAAUUGGAGGAGAAAUGGACGACAGAGAAAGAUGAGAAAGAAGUUAAAAAUAAACAGAUACAAGAAGUAGAGAUUUCCAUGCGGGAAAAGGAUAAUAAGAUCCAUGACUUGGAGGAAAAAUUACUGCAAGCGAAGAAUGAUAUUGCAGAGAUUGCUGCAAAUUCAGAGAAAUUUGAAAAAUUAUCGACUAGUUUGAAAGAAAAAAUUACCGUGUUAAUGGAACACGUUGCGGAGAUGGAUGAGGAAAUUGAGAAGCAACGCACAGUGAUAGAACGCAUUUCUCUUGAAGCGAUGACGGAGAAAAUGGCGAAGGAGGAUAUUAUCAAAGAAUACGAAACCUACAAACUAACUGUGAGCAAAGAGGACGAACAGAAACAGGUAGUUUUGGAUGAAGUAAAAGAACGAGCACGAGAAUUGAGUGUACGCAUGCAAGUGAUGGAAAACGAAUAUCUGCAACAACUUGCUACAAUAAAGAAUCUGAAUGCAGAAAAUGGCCUCUUGUUUUCCAAACAAACGCAGAUCGACGAAAAAUUAGAAAAUGCUGAAAAGAAAUCAGAAGAACGUCGUGUAUUAAUCGAGCAGUUACAAAAAGAAAUUGCAGCUAUGACUACACAGGUUCCGGAACAGAGUGAACUGAGAGAAGAUGACGCACGGAUCGCGCAGCACUGCGAUCAUUCUGAGCAAUGUCAGAAUUUGGUGCAAGCAUUAGAAGCGCGUCUACAAGAGCGUCAAGCAGAAAUUGAAAAUUUGAAUAACGAGUUGGCCAAUUCAUAUGGCAAUAUCGUAUUACUUCAUGAUGAAUCUCAGAGAUAUAACGAUAUGAUGAUGCAAACUGCUCAAGAGCGCUUCAAUCAGUCACUUAUGGAUCAAACAAAUACAUUGCAACAAGAAAUCGAUUCUUUGAAAACGGAGAAAGCCGUGAGCGAACAGAGAGUAUCGGAAUUAGAGGCUGAGUUGGACAAGUACAAAUAUAAGAAUGCAGAAGUUGAAGUCUCCGAAGGAAUUCAAAUUCCUAUUACCGAAAAUCAACAACAGAAGAAUGAUGAUGUUUCACAGUUGUUCGAUUCUGCGAAAAAUUUUGAUACGGCCGUCGUUUCGGAUACAGACUCUUCGGAUAAAAAGGAAAUAGAACGAUUGCAGGGUUUAUUAAACGAAAAACAGAGUCAGUGUUCUGAGCAUAUAAAAGAAAUAGAUCUUUUACACAAUAAUAUAGAAGAAGAGAAAUUACAUAUCCAAGAGUUACAGAAUCAGUUUGAAAAUUCACAAAGCGAAUUAAAAAAGAGAGAGAAUCUUCUUUCUGAAAAAAAUGUGCAGAUAGAUUUAUUGCAUGCAGAAUUGGAUAAUGUAAUUUGUCAGAUAAAUGAUUUGAAAAUGUUACGAGAACAAUAUCAUACUGUUGAAGCAGAGUCACAGAGAUUACAGCAAGUUGUAAUUGACAAGAGUAGCCAAAUAGAUUUAUUGAUUAACGAAUUGAAUACUGUAAAACAACAAUUGAGUUCGAAAUUGCAGCAACAUGUAGAUGUAGAAGCCGGUUUACGAACAGAAAUUUCACUUAAAGACACAGAAAUCGCUGCAAUUAAAACAGAAUUGACUUCUGUAAAAGAAACUAUUGAAACACUAACAGCGGAACGAGAUCAGCAAGUUGAAUCAUAUAAACUUCAGAUUAAUAAUUUGGAAACAGAAGCGAGUAGUGUCAGUGACAAUAAUUUAAUACAAGAGUGGGAACAGCGUAUUUUGGCGACCACCACAGAGAGAGACUUGCUACAGCUGCAAGUAAAUGAUUUAACGGAAUCUUUGGAAGAACUAAAGGAAUCGCUCGCGAGUCAGCGCAAUCUACAGAUUGAGUUAGAUAAUGUUUUGCAAGAAAGGGAUCGGGCUCAAGUACUUAUUGCAAAUCUUACGCAAGCUUUGGAUGAUUCAAAACAGAGUCUCCAGGAAUCAAAGAUACACGAAGAUAGCUUGAAAGAACUUGCUUCCAUGGAAAAAUCGGUUGAACAAGAAUUAAAACAAGUUUCUAUGGUCGAUGAAUCGAUUAACCGACAAGAACAUGUACAAUCGGCCCAAGCUCCUAUCGAAAAGAAAAUACAACAAGAAAUUCAGUUGGAUAUAGGUUUGGAUUGGGACAACGGUUCUGGAAACCUCAAUAUCGAUGAAGAAUCUUGGGGUUGGAGUGCAGAGAAUGUUCAAUCAGCUAUUAGCAAUCAACAUCUCAGCACAAUGACAUUGAGUGCCGAAAUGCAAUUACAUGCAAAAGUAGAAGAUUUAGAAAAUAAAAUUAAAGACCUAGAAACACAGAACAUUAGGAUCGCCGAAGAGAGUAAAUCUGCGCAAGUAAAGAGCGGUAAAUUGGUAAAGAAAUUGAAAGAAUAUAAAGUGCAAAUAGGGGACUUGCAACAACAAUUAAAGACGCAAAAACAGACUGACAGCUUUUUCGACUUGGAUAAGACAAUUGAAGAGGAGUUAAAAGCACAAAUCACUAGUUUGGAAAAAGCUCUUAGUGAAAUUAAGGAGGAUAAGAAAAAUAUUAUUGCUGAGAAAGAAGCUUUAUUAAAACGGUUUGAUGUAGUAGUAUCAGCUAAUGAGAGAUAUAUGGAAAUGAAAGAGAGACAGGACAUGGAAGUUGAGGUAUUACGCAUUCAAAAUAAGGAACUAGGUAACAAAAUACAAUCUUUAGAAUGGCGAUUACAGGAAAAUGGUACAGAAGAUACUAUUUCUUCUUCAGCACACGAAAGUCAAAGUGAUCCGUCAUCUCAUGAAAUCGAUAAACCUAUUGCACGUAGUCAGCUUCAAAAAAGAUCAGUAGAAUCUAAUGAUGACUUGGAAAUGAUAUCAAAGAAAUAUAAAGAAGAAAUAGACGAUUUGAAGGAUGAGUUAGAAGCGCUUGCAGCAGAAAACGAGCAAUUGCAACACUUUUUAGAAGAACAAAAAAUGGCGAUGGUAAAUUUGGAACCAAAAGAUAACAAUAACAUCGAUGAGCUUAUGAAAAAGUUAGACGCUUUGAACAACCAAAAUGCUGAGCUUCAGAGCGCUUUAAACAAAAGUAAGGAAGAAUAUGAUGUUCUCAGGAAACAAUAUGAACAAAGUCUAAUAGAUGCGAACGAUCAAGUGACAGCAACGCGGCAGAACAACGAUCUUCUCAAGAUUGAAUUUGCAGAGAAGAUAGGUAGAUUACAAACGGAGAUAGACAACCUACAAAGAGCUUUAGAAGAGAAAAAUGCUUUGGAAAGUAAUGUUUUAAUAAGCUCGGAAGAAAAAUUUUCAGCCGUCAAUGCAUCCUUAAUGGAAGUCACGGAAUUGCUUAACGCCAGAGUCCAGGAAGUUGCUGAUCUGAAACAAGAGCUUCAAGUUCAAUACGUAGAAAGACAGCAAGCUGAAGCGACGCUACAAUCAGAGAUACAAAACUUGACUAAAGAAUUGGACGAGAAGAAACAAGAUGUAGGAAUCUGGAAGCAAGCAUUUAGCGACAAGGAACAUGAGCUGAUACAACAAAAAAGUGUAGAGACAGUAAAUACUAUCGUUAGUGAGGUUACUCAAGAAUUGGUCCAGAAGCAUGCGAUUGAAAUCGAAGGAAAAGAUAAGGAAUUACAUGAUUUAACAAAGAAAUUGUCUGUAUUGCAAUCAACAAUCGAUGAGUACACCUUGAUGCUGCGAGAUUGCACGACUAAAUUGGAGACGCAACAGCAACAAAUUGCAUAUUUGAAGGAGGAUCUAACAGAACGAAAUUCGAUAAUAGGAACUAUUCAAACUGAUAUGAAUUUGAUGAAUGAAAAAUUGCGAGAAAAACAACAAGAAUUGAUACAAUACGAGGAAGAGAAGACAAAACUCGCAGCAGAAAUGGAAAGAUGUUUAGCAGAUAUCCAACACUUGCAAAAUCGAUUAAGUAUCACGGAAGCAACUACAACUGACUUACAAGAAUAUAGUUCACGUAUUCACAGCUUGGAACAAGAAGUUCAAAUUCUAAAAUCGGAAAAAGAAUCGAUCUUAUUGCAAUAUGACCAGGAGACCGAAGUGUAUAAAACUCAAAUAGAAAAUAAUAAAGAGCAUGUUAAUGCUUUGAAAUGUGACUUGCGAGAGAAAACUGAGCAAUUGCAUUACAUGAGCACACAAUUAUGCGCCAAAGAGAACGAUUUAGAAGGAAUUAAGACCAUGAUGAGUGAUAAGAAUUCUUUAUUAGAGAUCACGAAUCAAGAAUUGAAUGACAAACGAGCUGAACUGGAGAGAUUGCGCAACGAGCAGAGUGCUCAAAUGAUCGAUAGUCUUCCGGUCCCUAGAAUAGAUCGUGACGAUGAUGCGGAAUUGCAAAGCACUAUAAAUGAAUUGAAAGCGCAAAUGGAAGUUAAGCAGCAAGAACUGGAACAUCUGAAAUAUGUUUUGAGCGAGAAUACGUAUCCCACAAUUAUCCAGCAGAUGCAAGAUAGAAUCAAUUGUCUGUAUAAUGAGAAGGUUACAUUAGAAGCUUCCUUACGAGCAACUGCGGAGAGCUUGACAGAGAAGCAGCAGCAAGUGAAUUUUUUGACACAACGUAUUAAUGAGCAAAAUCAGGAACACACGUCUAAGGAGGAAGUCAGUUUGUUUUCCAGAGAUCGAAGAUCUGUGCAUGAUCAGGAGGCAAUUGUUAGGCUGCAGAACGAAUUGCACUUGAAUCAACAAGAGAUUAACGAAUUGAAGUAUGUCAUAGCCGAGAAAGACUCGCAGUUGUGUCUCCAGGCUAGCAUGGAACCGCAAUCAGAUGACUUCGAACUGCGUGAAACUGUACAGAGAUUGAUGGGAGAAUUGUAUGGCAAAGAACAAGAAAUACAAAUGUUAAAAUCGAUGAUUGCGGAAUUACAAGAGCAGAUUCUGCAUUUUAAAGAUUACGAGAAACUCUCUGAAGAGAGCAGAAACGCCAUCGAGAAAUUAACUUCGGAAAAAGAGCAAAUUCGUAUUAACGCUGAAGAAUUUCUGAAAAAGGAAUUGCAAAAGAAAGAAUCGGAGAUUGAUAAUAUAAAGCAAAGAUUAUUAGAGGAAAACCAGAAGUUAUUAGCGGAGCUUCAAUUGAAGGAUAGCGAUAUCGAGAAUCUGAAAGCACAAUUUGAACAAUUACGGACAACUGCGAAUGAUCGAGACAAUAAGUUGAAACAAAAAGAGAUCGAAUUGAUGCAUACAAUUGACGAUCUGGCGGAAAAAGAAAGAAGACUAGCUGAACUGAGCAUUACCAAGGACACCGAACUUCAUAACUUAAAGGUACAAAUUCAUGAAAAGGAGGUGCGUAUAGAUGAACUCCUAGCAUUGUCCGUGGAAGAAGAGAAACAAUUGGAUGAGUUAAGGCAAGCAUUAGCGACUAACGAAACAGAGGUAAAUAGACUGAAAAAAUUGUUGAUGCAAAAGGUUUUGGAACACGAUUUGAUACAGCAUGCUCUGAAGAUAGAUACUGUUGAAUCGACAUCGUCAAAAAGCUCAGAAACCGUUCAAUCAGUUGACAAUAAGGAGACAAUUUCCAAUGAAUUAGAUCUUGCGUUGUAUAUGCUUCAUCAAAGGGACGUCCGAUGUGAGGAAUUGACUCAUGAACUUAUGCAGUUGCUUGAGGAGCGCGAUACAUUACAAUUGCGAUUGUCUAAUGCGAUCCGAGUGAACGAAGAACUUAGGAGAAUAGGCAGCGCCGAAGCAAACCCAAUGAAAGAUUCAUCAUUGUCUUCUAGUACGAUAAUAGAACCUGUCGUGGAACAACCUUCACCUUCAAAGUCCGAGGGACCAGUCGAGAUUGCGAAAGAAGCUAUCGACAUUCCGAUUGAGGAUAAGGAAGCUCUUGCUCUAAAAUUGUCACAGCUACAUUCAGUCAGCCAUACAAAGGAUGUACGAUUGAAGGAUGAACGAGAAUUAAGACAUACACAACAAAUGUCUUUGUUAGCACACAGAGACGUUUUAAACACGUUACCGCCCGAAGCAGCCGCAAGAUUCGUUAACGCUAAUUACACGCUCUCUCGAGAUGUUCAGAGCCAAUCGAGCGUUCUCUUGAAUUGGUUGUGGGGCAAAAGCACACCGAAGGUAGUGCACAUGUGAUGAAUGAAGAGCGGGAAUAAAGUGGUCAUUGCUUUUGCCUUCUGAAGACAUUCCUGCCAAGUGCCAACUGCCAAGACUUAUUCCUGCAGUUAACUAAUGUGUGUUGGAGCAGUUUGUCGUAUUUUUAAAAAAUCACAUGCUGACACUAUUGUAAAGAAUCGUUUUGUGAAAAUAUUGUGAGUGAUGUGAUAAAAAAUG